UCGCGGCGCACGGCGUCACGGGCCUGCCCUGGUGGGGCAGCAUCCUCUUCACCACCGUGGCGCUGCGCGGCGCCGUCACGCUGCCCCUGGCGGCCUACCAGCACUACAUCCUGGCCAAGGUGGAAAAUUUGCAACCAGAAAUACAAAAUAUUGCACAACACCUUAACUAUGAAGUUGCAGUUCGUGCAAAACAGUUGGGGUGGUCCAAAAGAGUUGCCAGGUUCACUUAUCUAAAGAAUAUGCAGAGGCUUGUUUCAGAGCUGUAUGUUCGGGAUAAUUGCCACCCUUUCAAAGCCACAGUGUUGGUCUGGAUUCAGCUUCCAAUGUGGAUCUUUAUGUCUGUCGCUCUGCGGAAUUUUAGCACAGGAGCAACACAUUCAGAAGCAGGUUUUUCUGUCCAGGAGCAGUUAGCAACUGGUGGGGUCCUGUGGUUUCCGGACCUCACUGCACUGGAUUCCACUUGGAUUCUGCCUAUCUGCAUUGGUGCCAUCAAUUUAAUAAUAGUAGAGAUUGUUGCUCUACAAAAAAUUGGAAUGUCUCGCUUUCAGACGGGUGUUACCUACUUUGUUCGGGGAAUAUCAGUGUUGAUGAUUCCAAUUGCUGCCACAGUACCUUCGUCACUUGUUCUCUACUGGUUAUGCUCCAGCUUCAUGGGCCUUUCACAGAACUUGCUGCUGCGUUCUCCUAGGUUUCGCCAAUUUUGCCGUAUACCGUUGACCAAGGGAGAUUCAGACACUCCUUAUAAGGACCUCUUUGCUGCUUUCUACGCCAAGUACAUUUCAAGGAAAUGACAUACUUUUCAGCGAUUUUGAAACAGAA